CCCAGGAGCCAGGAUCUUUAUUGCACUGCUCAGGCUGGCCUCAUUCUCCUGCCUCAGGUUCCCAUGUGGCUGUCUGUGGCAGUACAGUAUUCUUUCUCCAGCUUUCUUGGUGGGAACAGGAAGUUUCUUAUGAUCCAGCUCCUCUAGAGCUAGCUGGGCAUGGAGCUUGACCACAUCCUCAGGCUCUAAAUGCACUGUGGGCUUCAGCAAGUGAUAGAGAUCCUUGAGGACAUCCCUUAGUACCUCAGUAGUGAUAGUAACUGUGAACACUUGAACUUCAUAGUAAUCAGGCAUGCUGUCAUCCUGUCUCACUGGAAUUCCAUUUCUUUAAUAGAAUUAGCUCUUAAGGUUAUCUAUUUUUGUCAUGGUGCUGGGAUCAAAUCUAGGGCUGUGCACAUGCUUGGUACCACUGAGAUAUAUCCCUAGCCCAAGGUUAUAGAUAAAUUUUUGAGUGAAUUUGGUAACAUAUCUUUUAAUGAAUAAGUCUGUUUCAUAGAGCUAUUAGUGUUUCCGUAUUUGUUGGAUCAGUAGUGAUACUGUCUUUCAUUUUUUACAUUUGUAAUGUAUAUCAUCUUUCUUUUUCUCUUGGAUAUAAUACUUCACUUCAUUUGGGCACAUAGGUAGGAGAACAGCUGCUGAACUAUAUAGCAAGAUUAUAUUUAGGUAUAUAAGAAACUGUCAAACUGUCUUCCAAAGUGGCUGUACCAGCAGUCAGUGAAAAUUCCUGUUACUCCACAUCCUCUGCAGCAUUUGUUGAAAAGAUGAUUGAUUGGGUGCACAUCAGUGAAUGUUUCCAAUAUAAUUUUUAUUUCUCACAAAGUGGAGUGUAAAAAAUUAAUCCCCUAUGCAACCUGUUGUUUUUCAGAACCUUGGUAAAAGAACUUGUGAUUGGAUUGGCAUGUUCCAUUCUUGAGACUACUGUCAUUCAUAGAUGUGUUUGUGGAUUUUACCUGGGAGGAGUGGCAGUUGCUGGAUCCAAUGCAAAAGUGCCUGUACAGGAGUGUGAUGUUAGAGAACUACAGCAACCUGGUCUUCCUGGGAAGGUGCAACCUCCUUGAGGGGAUGUGUACAGUCUUCAGGCUUCUCCUCCUCAGUUGCUGGAAAGUAGGGCUUCCAUAAAAUGCUGAAUUAUGUUGGCCUUAUACUCAAGGAUCAGGUAUUCUCAGUACCGCACUGGCAUCAGAGUAUGCUGAUUGAAUGGUUUUUGCUUUGUCAAACUACUAAAGGGUGGUUUCAUCACAUCCCCUUACACCAGCCUGAAUUCCAAGUAAUUUUGGUCCAAGUUAUAUGUGAUUUUCUCUGCUCAGGGUAUCAACACACCCAACCUGAUAUCAUCUUCAGUUUGGAACAAGGAGAGGAACUGUGGAUGGUGCAGGCCCAGAUUCCACAUCAGGACCGGCCAGGCAAUAUCUGGGGAAUUGAUGAUCAUAUAGUAUGGCAUCAAGAAAACCAAGACAAGUUGCAAAAUGUGGCAAAAGGCUAUGGAUGUAAUGCAUCUGGACAAAUGUGUUCUAAGAGAAACUAUGCUUCUUCAAUACAGAAUCUUCAGAAAUGUGGCACACAUGGAAAGAGUUUGAAAUAUAUAGGUUUCACUGGCAGUUGUGCUCAAAAGAAUCCUAGUAGGUUUCAUAUACUUGGGGAAUCAUUCUUCCCUUCUGAAUAUGAGCAAACUUUUACUGGAAUAAAACACUGUGAAUGUAAUGAAUCUAGAAAAACUGUCAAUAAGAAUGUACAAGGUAUGUGCCAACAAGUGUGUAGUAGAGAAAAACCUUUUGAAUGCAGCUGCUAUGAGAAAGCCUCCAGUAGCAGGUCAUACCUUGUAGUACAUCAGCGGACUCACACAGAAGAGAACCCCUAUGAAUGUCAUGAAUGUGGGAAAGCCUUCAGCACCAAGUCAUACCUCACUGUACAUAAGAAGACUCACACAGGAGAGAAACUUCACAAAUGCAGUGAAUGUGAGGAAACAUUCAAUUUGAAUUCACAACUAGGUAUAUGUCAGACUCACACAGUUGAAAAUCCACAUGAAUGCUGUGGAAGAGUCUUCAGUAGAAAAAAACAGCUUGUUUCACAUCAGAGGACCUUAGGACAGAAACCCUAUAUGUGUGAUGAAUGUGGGAAAGCUUUUGGUUUCAAACUACAGAUCAUCCUCAAAAGAAUUCACACAGGAGAGAAAACAUAUGAGUGCAGAGAAUGUCAGAAAGCCUUUAACAAGUCAAACCUUGUGGUCCAUCAGAGAAUUCAUACAGGGGAGAAGCCCUAUGGAUGUACUGAAUGCAGAAAAACCUUAACAUUUAAGUCUCAGCUCAUUUAACAUCAGGGGGCUCACACAGGAAUAAGGUCGUAUGGGAAUAUUCAGUGUGAGAAGGUGUUCAGUUUGAAGUUGCAGCUCACUGUACAUCAGAGAAGUCAUACAGGAAUAAAACCUUAUGUAUGCAGUGAAUGUGGCAAAGCUUUCAGGAUCCAGUCAUACCUCAUGCAGACGCACACAGGAGAGAAACUCCAUGAAUGCAGUGAUUGUGGGAAAGUCUUCAGUUUUAAUUCACAACUCAUUAUAUACCAGAUAAUUCACAUAGGAGAGAGCCCCUAUCAAUGCUACCAAUGUGGGAAAGCUUUUAGUUGGAAAUAUCAGCUCAUUUCACACCGGAGGACUCAUGCAUGGGAAAAGUCUUGUAAGUGCAGUGACUGUGGGAAAGCUUUCGGUUUGAAAUCACAGCUAAUUAUACAUCAUAGAGCUCAUGCAGGAGAGAAGCCAUUUGAGUGCAGUGAAUGUCAGAAGGCCUUUAGUGUAAAGUCAAACCUCAUUGUCUAUCAGAGAACUCAUACAGGGAAGAAACCCUAUGGUUGUAGGGAAUGUGGAAAAGCUUUUACAUUCAAGUCUCAGCUUAUUGUACAUCAGUGGGCUCACAUGGGUGCAAAGCCCCAUGGGUGCAGUGCAUGUGGGAAGGCAUUCAGUCUAAAGUCACAGCUCAUUGUACACCAAAGAAGUCAUACUGGAGUAAAGCCACAUGGAUGCAGUGAGUGUGGCAAAGCCUUUAGGAGCAAGUAAUACCUCAUUAUACACAUGCGAAUCUACACAGGAGAGAAACCACAUGAACACAGUGAAUGUGGGAAGUCCUUCAGCUUCAAUCUCAUUGUGCAUCAGAGAAUUCACACAGGAGAAAAUAUCUAUGAAUGCAGAGAAUGUGGGAAAGCCUUUAAUAGGAAUGACCAAUCACACCAGAGGACUCAUGCAGGACAGAAACCCUAUGAGUGUAGUGACUGUGGGAAAACCUUUAGUAGCAAAUCAUACCUUACCAUACACAUGAGAACUCAUUCCAGAGAGAAAUCAUACGAAUGUAGUGAGUGUGGGAAAGCUUUCAUUUGGAAAUCACUGCUCACUGUACAUGAGAAAACUCAUGAAGGACCAAACCCCUAUAAAUGCAAUCAGUGUGAAAAAUCCUUCAUUGGGAAAUUACAACUCCUUGUACAUCAAAGAAUGUGCACAAGAAAGAAGUCCUAUGAAUGCAAUGAAUGUGGAAAAGCCUUCAUCAGGAAAUAGCUUGUUGUACAUCAGCGAACCCAUUCAGGAGAGAAACCCUAUGGAUGCAAUGAAUGUGGGAAAACCUCUCAGAACUCAAUUCUCAGUGCACAUCAGAGGAUACACACAGGAGAGAUAUCCUGUCAAUGCACUGAGUAUGGGAAAGCUGUUCUUUGGAAAUCACAGCUCAUUAAGCAUCAGAGAACUCAUGUAGAUGAGGAACAUACUACUGAAUUACAUAUAAGAAACUUAAAAGUCAAUUCACAGGAGAUGCCAACAAUAUCACACAGAAGAGAAGUUCUAACAGAAUUAUCUCUAUGUACACCAGAAAAUUCACACUGAACAGAAAAAGCCUUAUGAAUCCAUAGUAUAUGCAAGAAAAUCCACAGAAAGCUGUUCUUUACACACAAAACAGUAUAAAAUAUAGGAUCCUAUAGGUUGAGAAAGCUGUAUGAAAGUUUCUGGCAGCAAGUGUUUAUUUUUUUUUGAGACAGACCUUGUGUUGCUCAGGCUGGUCCUGAGUACUAGGCACAAGUGAUGCUCCUACCUUAGCCCCAUAAGUGAUUGUGACUACUGGUGUAUGCCACUGCAUCUGGCCUAAGUCACAUUUUUAACAGUUUCUACAUGUGAGGACCUACAUAAGUGAAGUGAAUAUAGGCAAAUCAUAUUAAUUAUAUGAUAAAAUUUAUAAAGAGGAAGGUUCAUGAAAUUGAAUAUAGAAUAGACUCCUUUGACAUUGUUUAUUAAGUAUGAGGAGUUUAAUGAGAAAAAUUACAGAACCAAUGAAUGGCAGAAUCACUAACUUUAUAGCAUUUUAGGUGCCAAGAAUAUAUAUCUUAGGAGAAAGAUAUGAGUAAUUCUUCACAAAUAUUCUCAUUGUUCUGCUUGUGUCAUAAUCAGGGAAGACUAAACAUUUGCUAUAGUAAGAUCAUGCAUGUGUCCCCAGACCUAGAUCUUUCCCUAGGUCUGGUUUUAUAAAUGCUGGUGAUAAACCAGAUCCAAAGAAUCAGCACUAAUUUUUAGAUUUGUCUAAAGUAUGUUUGACCUAAGUUGGGAAAUUGUGCAAUUACCAGUUGCCAUUAAAUGAAUUGUAAAUAUAUUUAUUUAAAAAAAAAUUCUUCAUCUAGAAAUGACAUUAUUCAGGAAGAAUGAAUAUGUAUGAACAUGUCAUGAGGUAAAUCUUCAGUCAUAAUGAUCACCUUAUUGUAUAUCAGAACUUACUCUAAAAUUACUUAUUUUAACUACUUGGAAAGAGCUUCCUUUAGAAAUGAUUUUUAAGGGAAAUUAUUUUGCAAAUGUUUCAAAUUUCAUGAAGAGUGGAGAAAAUACUAGAAAUAAUAUUUAAAGUUCUUUUUAUGUAACAAUCACAGUAAUACUAUAUAGAAAAUACUAGAAAUAGUAUUUAAAGUUCUUUUUAUGUAAUAAUCACAGUAAUAAUAAUGUAUUCUCAGACCCACAGAGGCAAUUUAGAAUAUUUUCCUGUUUGUGCUAUGUAAUAUGAAUUUUGCAUAGGUGGGCAUUUUACAUAUAAAUGCCUUAUGUAAAACUACUCAGUAGAUAAUGUUAUCUCCUAGUAACACUAUAUUUUCACUGUAUUUUUAACAAUUACAGCUUGCUGGUACUGCUUUAGUUAUAGAAAGCAAUAUGGUAUACAUUUCAUGGGUUGGUAUAUGCUGGAAUCUGUUCUGCUUUCACUGGCUAGAACAUACUAUUUUAAGAGAAGUAACCCUCACAAUGUACAUGUUCAUGAUGGAGCCAUCACUCAGGGUGCCCUUCUAAGGAUGAGGCAUGAUCACUAAGGAUAGCUGAGCUACUCCUCUGAAUUUUGAAUAGAGUUUUUAUGAACAAAACAGUCUGGGCUUUUAUCCUACCAUAGCAUCUUGAUGUGAUAAUUCUGCAUAGAUUUCCCACAAAAGCUUUAGUUGUUAUUUUCUUAACAUAAUUCAUUUUAUUUCUUUUAAUAUGAGUUAUUUGACCUCCUUGUACCUUGUUCUUUGUCUGGGUAUGUUAGCUGUUUUGUGUAUUGCUUAUAGCUUAGUAACUUCCUGUUUCAAGAGUAAGCACUAGAGUGAGGUGUAUAGGCAGAAGCUUGAAAGACUUUGUGGAUAUUAGGAAAUAGUGGUUUCCUACACAGGAGAAAAGCUUUCAAUUCUGUAUUCAUACCUCAUGGCAGGAACUUGGUCUUGGUACAAUGGGGUGAAAAUAGUUACUAGAAUCAUAUACAUACUGAAGCUCUGGAGAAAUGAAGUAGUUGCUGCUGAAAAACUCCAAAUACAGUAAAAAUUCUAGACUGUGGUCAUGUGGUGACUGCCUCUGGUGGCCAUGGGGAUCAUGGAGAAUAAUUUGUUUAAAGUCUCCAUUCAAGGGGCCAGAGGUAUAGCUCAGCAGUGCAGUGGUCUUCAGAAGUGUGAGGUCUUGAGUUUGAUUCCCAGUACCCACAAAAAACCCUUCCAUUCAAGAUGCCACAUUCAGAGCAAUAGACUUAAGAUGAUACUCCUGAAAUAUUUUUGUGUAGCUGUAGUCUGGAUAGAAAAUCAUAAAGCUGUUUGCUUGCCAAAAGUCAUUUUUCUUCACAUUGAUCACAUAAUUGUUUACGUGAAUGACUAUUAAUCUGGAAAGAGUAGGGCUGUGGCAGGUAAGACUAGGGCUGUCUGGGAAGGAUAUGAAUAUUAAAUACUGCAAAAAUUUUUGAAACACCUUCCAUUUUGUGCUGUUUACCUGAGAAGGGAGUCCUAGCUCUUACUGAAAGAAACUGUUCCUUGAGAAGAAGCUAAUAAUUUCUGACUGCCUAAUCUUUUUGGUGCUCUGUUCAUCAUAUAGAAUCCAGCCUCAAGAUUCAUGGGGUGAAGAAGGAUAAUUUACCAAAGAGGAACUUUGCAUAAAAAAGAAUUGCAAAUAUUUGCUAAAGCAGAAACCCUACAGUCAUCCCUCACUAUAUCGCAGUUCACUUAUUGUG